AAUAAAGUUUUAUUUGAAGAAAAGAACACGUUGCCAUGACAGCGCCCCUUGUUGACACUCUGCUGCUCGUCCAGCUGACAGGCUAACUACUGUCUAACUACUGUUUAACUGCUGUUUAACUACAUUUGAACCACAUUUUGUGAGCUUGCACGAUAUUUCACGAUGCCACCCAAGACUAAAAGCAAAAAGUCUGCGAAGGGGAAGUCUUCAGCCGUGGUGGACGGUCUCUCAACGGAUGAGAUGUCCAAGGAUCAGCUGGAGGAGCACAUCGUCCGCCUCCGGGAGGAGCUGGACAGAGAGCGGGAGGAGAGGAGCUACUUCCAGCUGGAGAGGGACAAGAUCCAAGCCUUCUGGGAAAUCUCCAAGAGGAACCUGGAGGAGGAGAAGGCCGGGCUGAGGAACAGACACAGGGAGAGAGAUGAGGCACAGGAGCGCCACCGAUCGGAGAUCACUGUUUACAAGCAGAAGCUGAAGCAUGUCCUGUCUGAACAACACAACACGAUCUCUGGGCUGAAGAUGGACGGCGUGGCCUCGACCUCGCUGAUGCAGAACCAGCACACGCAGUCAGAGCUUGGGCUGCGGAGAGAAGUGCACGGCCUGCAGUCGGACUUCAGAGAGAGGAAGCUCCACAACGAAAACUUCAUCAAGGAGCUCAAGCUGAAACACCAGGUGGAGUUUAUGGAGCUGACAAACAACUAUGACAGAAGAAUCAGAGAGAUGGAGGUGAAAUUUGGCAGGAAAAUGGAGACAACGAUCGUAAUGGGGGGCAAAAAGCGGCGGGCUGAGGUCAACGAGCUCGACAACAGAAUGGAAAGUCGCGUUUUGACUCUGAUAGAAGACCACGACCGAACUCUCAGAGGCGCUGAGGAGUACUACUCUGCUAUUCAAAUUAAAGUGCUGGCGGAUCAGAAGGUGCUGAAGGAACAACUUGCAGAGGCGACGAAGCUGCAGGCGCGAGUAGACAAAGAGUUUUCAGCAGCUGAGCAGGAGAACAAACGCCUGAGUGAGUCUCUGCAGGAAGCCCAACAGAAGCGGUCCGAGCUCGAAAAAGAGCUGCAAGACUACAACCAGACCAAGGAGAAGAUGGCGAUGACUAGAGCUCGAGUGAAGGUCAUUGAAAUGGAGCAGAGAGACCUGAUGGUGAAGCACGAGCUGCUGCUGCAGGCGUCUCAGAAGGUUCAGCAGGAACGCGAUGAUCUGUUGAAGAGGCAGACGGAGGCUGUCCUGGACGUUCAGCAGAAGAGCGGACUGAAGGAGUUGAUGCUGGAGAGAAAGUUGUCAGCGCUGACAGAAACUGUGGAAAAGAAGGAAGCUCAGCUCUGCGUCGCACUCUCGGCCUCCAACGUCGACCAAACUGCCGGCAGCAAUCCCUCAAACAAACUUGAGGAAAUAUUCGAGUCUAAACAGGUCACCAUCAGCGCCCUGCAGUGUGACUUGGCUCGAGAUUGUCAGGAGUAUGACGACCUGCUGCAGACCAGUAAGGAGAAGCUGAAGGCUUUGGGCGUCCUUAUGUACGACUUCCGCUUCAGGCCCUCGAAGCAGAUCCUGGGUUGACAGACUCGGGUCCAGAACUCUCCUGGACCUGCCUCCAAACACUGAACUCACCCAGGUGUCAGGUUUACACUCACCUGCUCCACCUGGAUACUUCCCAUCCCAAACUACUUGACCUCUCUACCUUGCUCUCAUUUGAUCAUUUCCUAAAGACACGUUACAUAAUUAAUAUGCAGUUUACUCUUGAUGUUCUUAAUGUUUUAAAAUGAAUGUACCUUCUGAAGUCUUUUAUCCUGGUUAUUAAACCAUCCUGCUGCUGACAAUUCAUGUCUUUGUAUUGAUGCUGCUGGUGAGGACGGUGUUUACCAGGUAAACUCUAAAUCACAAAUUUACAGUCAUGUUGUUAAACAACAAUAAACUAUAUUUUUGUCAUAAUA